CCUUUCGACUGUGUAACUUGGGAUUUCGUGAAGAAAAGAAUGCAUCGAUCCAACUCGUGACGAGAAGAUAUCCAGUACCCACCCUACCCGAUUUGUGCAGCAAAAGAUUCACUCAGAAGCUGCGACGAAGCACUUGAUUCGCCUGUCAAGUUUUCAGAAGAAGAUAGCCAGCGAGUGUUGUAUUUGAAUCUUCAUUACGUUGCACCGACUCUUUGCUUCCAUACAAGAGAAAUUAAAAACAAUGAGCGUGAAGCCGAACCAGAGACCUUCGUUCUUCAAGAUCCUGAUCACGGAUUUCACUCGCCGACUUCGACUGCCCCUUGUUUUCUCGGAGAGAUAUGGGUCGGCUUUGCGCGGAAGCGUCAGGUUGAGAACCAGUUCCGGGAAGAUUUGGUUCGUGAAGUUGGAGCAGAAGGAUGAGAAGGAGCGAUAUUGUUUCACUGGGGGCUGGAAUAAAUUUGCUGAAGAUGUAGGUCUGGAAAUGGGGGAAUUUCUGGUGUUUCGGUUUGUUGGCGGGUCCAUGUUUGAUGUUUCGGUGUAUGGAGUCCAUGGCUGUGAGAGAGAAAUUCCAGGCGCUGGAUUCCAGGUCGAGGACUCUGAUCUUGAUGAACAAAUUGAGUUGAGCAAAGACGAUGUCCCAAAUGUGAUCAAGAAGAAACGAUCAAGAGCCGGGAAUACUCGCACAUCUGAAUCCGAUCGCCCCCUGGAAGAGACAACCCCACUCUACUUGGAAAUUCGUCUAAAGCCGCAUCACAAAUCAAGAGUGUCUCUUCCCAAGAGAUUCUGUAUGGCGGCCGAUCUGCCUGGCAAGCAAACUGUGGAACUUGAGUACCUGCCCAAGCACCGUUGUCAGGUGAUCAUGCUCGAUCGUAGGCAUCGCUCCAGGACUGAAAUGGCAUUUGGCUGGUCUGAAUUUCGGAAGUCAAAUGGAUUAGUCUAUGGUAAAACCUACUCGUUCGAGUUCAAGCCGAGCAGGAACAUCAUUGAAGUUCAGGAGCUGAAAACAUUAAACUACCGCCCCGAGAACUCUCAUUCAUGAUCACAGACAGAAUCAUAGUCAAAAGAAAGUAAAACAGGUAAUACGUAUGUUGGCAAAUCCAGGAUCUGUCUGGCACUAUGUUCAGCUGCAGUAUUACGUUUUGUUGUCUAGGCCAAGUGAUGGCAAUUAUGGACCAAUGCAAAAAAUGUAAAAGUGUUUUGUGGUUACUAUGUUAAUCAAAACAUUAUUCGUUAGCA